AAUAUGGCAUCUUACGACCCAACCGACCCUGAGAUGCAGUAUCUUGCUGUGGACCGCAAGAAGCUGCUGAAAGAGCAGAAGCAGACCUUUGAUGCCAAGAAAUCUUGCUGGGCCCCCGACGCUGAACAAGGCUUCCGUGCUGCAGAACUUAAGAGCACGAAGGGCGAAGAAGUGACUGUCCUCAUCCUUGAGACAAAUGAGACUAAGACGUUCAAAAAAGACGAAGUUCAAUCGAUGAACCCUCCCAAAUUUGAGAAGAUCGAGGAUAUCGCCAACAUGACCUACCUCAACGAAGCUGCCGUCCUGUACAAUCUCAGGGCCAGAUACACAUCUGGCUUGAUUUAUACCUAUUCCGGUCUGUUCUGUAUCGCCAUCAACCCCUACCGCCGUCUGCCAAUCUACACCCCGUCCAUCGUUGCCAAGUACAGAGGCAAGAGGAAGACCGAGAUGCCUCCUCACUUGUUUUCCAUUUCUGACAACGCCUACCAGUUCAUGGUGCAAGAUCGCGAGAACCAGUCUAUGCUGAUCACUGGCGAAUCGGGAGCCGGAAAGACUGAGAACACCAAGAAGGUCAUCGCCUACUUCGCAUUUGUUGCUGCCGCCUCCAAGGGAGAGGGAGAACAAGAGGAAAAGAAGGGGUCACUCGAGGAUCAAAUCGUGCAAGCCAAUCCCGUUCUUGAGGCCUACGGUAACGCCAAGACAUCCCGUAACAACAACUCCUCCAGAUUCGGAAAGUUUGUGAGGAUCCAUUUCGCCACGUCCGGAAAAAUCGCCGGAGCUGACAUUGAAACAUACCUAUUGGAGAAGUCCCGUGUCACCUACCAGCAAUCUGUUGAGAGAAAUUACCACAUUUUCUACCAGUUACUAUCAAAUGCUGUCCCAUCAGUAUUAGAGACGAUUGUGGCCAAAUCUGAUGCUGGUCUGUACACCUUUAUCAACCAGGGAGUCCUUACAGUCAACGGCAUCGACGAUGUUGAGGAGAUGAAGAUGACUGACGAAGCCUUUGAUGUCCUGGGAUUCACUGCUGAGGAGAAAACUAGCGCCUACAAAUGCACUGGCUCUAUCCUCCACAUGGGCGAGAUGCAGUUCAAGCAGAAGGGUGAACAGGCUGAGCCGGAAGGAACUGCUGAGGCUGAGAAGGUUUCCUUCCUAUUGGGUGUCAACUGUGGUGACUUCCUGAAGGCUCUGUGUAAACCCAAAAUCAAGGUUGCCAUGGAUUACGUCACUCAAGGACGAACCAAGGAUCAGGUUCUCUAUUCUGUUGGUGCUUUGUCCAAGUCCCUGUAUGAUCGUGUGUUCAACUGGCUGGUCAAGAGAGUCAACCACUCCCUGGACACCAAGAAACCAAGGCAGUUCUUCAUUGGUGUGCUAGAUAUUGCUGGGUUUGAAAUCUUUGAUUUCAACAGCUUUGAGCAGCUGUGUAUCAACUACACCAACGAGCGUCUGCAGCAGUUCUUCAACCACCACAUGUUUGUGCUGGAGCAAGAAGAAUAUAAAAAAGAAGGCAUCCAAUGGGAGUUCAUCGACUUCGGCAUGGAUUUGCAGGCCUGUAUUGAGCUCAUUGAGAAGCCGUUGGGUAUUCUUUCAAUCUUGGAAGAAGAGUGCAUGUUCCCAAAAGCAUCUGACAAGACUUUCAAGGACAAACUGACUCAGAACCACAUGGGCAAAUCACCCAACUUCCUCAAGCCCAACAAGUCAAUGAAGGGUGGCCAACACGGCGACUUCGCCCUGAAGCACUACGCUGGAACUGUUCCCUACAACAUUGGAGGCUGGCUCGAGAAGAACAAGGACCCUGUCAACGAGACCAUUGUUGAUCUCCUGAAACAGUCUAAAGAACCACUUGUGCAGUUGCUCUUCACCCCAGCUGAAGGAGCAGCUUCUGGAGGUGGCAAGAAGAAGAAGAAGAGCUCUGCCUUCCAGACCAUCUCUGCCACUCACAGGGAAUCUUUGAACAAGCUCAUGAAAAACUUGUAUACAACUCAUCCUCACUUUGUGCGUUGUAUAAUCCCCAACGAAACCAAGACACCCGGCCUGAUUGAUGCUGGUCUCGUGCUCCACCAGCUUCAGUGUAAUGGUGUGCUUGAGGGUAUCCGUAUCUGCAGGAAGGGCUUCCCCAGCAGAGUCGUGUACUCUGAAUUCAAACAGAGAUAUUCUAUCCUUGCCCCCAAUGCAAUUCCUCAAGGUUUUGUAGAGGGUAAGGUUGUCUCAGGCAAGAUUCUUGAGGAGCUGAAGAUGAACCCAGAUGAUUACCGUCUAGGAAAUACCAAAGUGUUUUUCAAGGCCGGUGUCCUCGGUUACCUUGAGGAACUUCGUGAUGAGCGUCUGUCCACCAUCGUGGCUCUCUUUCAGGCUCACAUCCGUGGCUACUUGAUGAGGAAAUACCUUAAGAAUCUUCAUGACAAGAGAGUUGCCCUGGAAAUGAUUCAGAAGAAUAUCCGCAAAUGGCUGGCCAUGAGGAACUGGUGCUGGUGGAGAUUCUACACCAAGGUCAAGCCACUUCUCAGUAUUGCAGCUGCUGAAGAUGAAAUGAAACAGAAGGAGGAAGCACUGGUCAAAACAAAAGAAGAGCUUCAGAAGGUCACGUCCAGAUCAAAGGAACUCGAGGAACAGAAUGUAACCUUGAUGCAGGCCAAAAAUGAUCUGUUCCUUGAUGUCCAGACCAAGCAAGAUACAAUUGAUGACUGUGAAGAAAGAGUUGAGCAGCUACUGAAGCAGAAAAAUGACUUUGAAACUCAACUGAAGGAACUGGAGGAACGUCUCUUGGAUGAGGAAGAUGUAAAUGCUGAUGCUGUUGAGAAGAAGAAACAAAUGGAAACCGAAAACAACGAGCUGAAGAAAGAUAUUGAAGAACUUGAGAGCUGUCUUGAUAAGUCCGAACAGGAAACCAAAACUAAAGAAAACCAAAUCAGGACUCUAGAAGAAGAGAUUGCCCAGAAGGACGAAGCCUUGGCGAAACUGACAAAGAACAAAAAGGACAUUGAAUCUCAAAACCAGAAAACAUCUGAUGCUCUUCAAGCUGAAGAGGACAAGGUGAACCACCUUACUAAACUCAAGACUAAACUGGAGCACUCGCUGGAUGAUAUGGAAGAGACCCUUCAACGUGAGAAGAAGAUGCGAGGAGAUGUGGAAAAGGUCAAGAGAAAGUUGGAACAGGAUCUGAAGAUAACCCAAGAAGCUGUUGAAGAACUACAGUGCAUUAAACGGGAAAUGGAGGACACGAUCAAAAGGAAAGACAAAGACAUAUCUUCGCUCAAUGCCCAAGUUGAGGAAGAACAAGGUCUUGUUGGUAAACUCCAAAGGAAAAUCAAGGAACUUCAGGCUCACAUUGAGGAAAUUGAAGAAGAAUUUGAAGCUGAGAGACAAUCCAGAAACAAGGUUGAAAAGCAGAGAAUGGAACUUGAACGUGAAUUGGAGGAACUGUCUGAACGUCUUGAUGAAGCUGGAGGUGCUACAGCUGCCCAGGUUGAGUUAAAUAAGAGACGGGAGCAGGAACUCAUCAAGCUUCGUCGCGACUUGGAAGAGAAUACUAUGAACCACGAAUCACAGGUUACCAUCCUUCGUAAGAAGAACCAAGAUGCUUUGAACGAGCUCAAUGACCAGCUGGACCAACUAACAAAACACAAGAACAAACUUGACAAGGAGAAGCAGACAAUGAAGGAAGAAAUUGAUGACCUUCAAGCUCAGCUGGAACAUGUGAAAAAGAAUAGGGGUUGUUCUGAAAAGAUGACCAAACAGAUGGAGAGCCAGAUCAGCGAGUUAAAUGUGAGAAUAGAAGAAGGGUCGCGACAGAUCACAGAGUUCCAGUCCUCUAAAAUGAAGCUGCAAACAGAAUGUGGGGACCUCACUCGUCAGCUUGAGGAGGUUGAACAUGACAUCAAUCACUUGACAAAAGAAAAGUCCACUUUGUCCAAUCACCUUGAAGAAGCCAAGAAUAGUCUUGAGGAGGAAACAAGAAUUCGCAUGAAACUCCAAACUGAGCUACGUAACCUAAAUGGUGACAUGGAAAACGUCCGUGAUCAGCUGGAGGAAGAGCAGGAGAAGACAAAUUCUCUUCAACGUCAACUUACAAAGGCCAACAAUGAAGUUCAGCAGUGGAAGUCUAAGUAUGAGACCGAAGGCAUCACUAGAAUGGACGAAUUAGAAGAGUCAAGGCGCCGUCUCCAGGCUAAACUAACUGAAGCUGAACAGAACAUGGAAUCAGCCUACAGCAAGUGUCAUUCUCUGGAGAAAGUGAAGUGUAGACUGCAGGGAGAGUUGGAGGACCUCAUGGUUGAUGUUGAGAGGGCCAACUCCACUUGCACCACUAUGGACAAGAAGCAGAAGUUAUUUGAUAAGACUGUUCAAGAAUGGCAGGUGAAGGUUACCUCCCUACAAACUGAGCUUGAGGGAUGUCAGAAGGAGACACGUUCGUACUCGACUGAAAUAUUCCGCCUCAAGGGCCAAGCUGAGGAAUAUCAGGGUCAAGUUGAGGCUUUAACAAGAGAGAACAAGAACCUUUCUGAUGAAAUCCAUGAACUCACUGGGCAAUUGACUGAUGGAGGUCGCGGUGUUCAUGACAUUGAGAAGGCAUGCAAACGUCUCCAGAUGGAGAAGGAGGAACUCCAGACCGCCCUGGAGGAGACUGAGUCCUCUCUGGAACAGGAAGAGGCCAAGGUGACGAAGAUAACCAUGGAACUUGCUCAGGUCAGAGCUGACAUCGACAGACGUAUUGCAGAAAAGGAAGAGGACUUUGAGAACACUCGACGCAACCACCAAAGAGCCCUCGAGUCCCUCCAGGCCAGUCUGGAGGCCGAGACUAAAGGAAAGACCGAAGCAAUAAAAAUGAAGAAGAAGAUGGAACAGGAUAUCAACGAGCUUGAAAUAUCUCUAGAUGCUGCAGGUCGUGCUCGAGUAGACGCUGAGAAAAUUGGAAAGAAAUGCCAAGUUGAAAUAAAGGAGCUGUGCAUCAAGGUAGACGACUUCCAGAGGUCAAGUGAAGAGUCUCGCGACGCCUGCCAGACACUUGAACGACGCUGUAACAUGCUUAAGGGAGAGAAUGAGGAGUUGCGUACGUCUCUCGAAUCAUCUGAACGCAGCCGCAAGGCCGCUGAAAGUGAGUUGAACGACGCCACAGACCGGGUGAAUGAGCUGACGGUCCAGAUGACUUCCAUCUCCAGCCAGAAGAGGAAGUUUGAUAACGAAAUCGCCGCUAUGCUAUCUGACCUAGAUGACAUGAACAAUCAGCUCAAGACAUCUGAGGAGAAUUGUAAGCAUGCUGUUGCUGAUUGCACCCGCCUGUCUGAUGAGCUCCGCAUCGAACAGGACCACAGCAGACAGCUUGAGAAGGCCAAGAAACACGCUGAGAGCCAAGUAAAGGAGCUUCAGAUGAGAAUUGACGAAUCUGAGGCCAUGGGACUCAAAGGAGGAAGGAAGAUGAUACAGAAACUCGAACAGAAGAUUCGUGAACUGGAUUCUGAGCUUGAGAACGAGCAGCACCGCCAUGUGGAGACCCAGAAGAAUUCUCGUCUUGCUGAUCGCCGUCUGAAAGAGAUUGCCUUCCAGGCUGACGAGGACAGGAAGACGCAUGAUAGACUCCAAGAAACUGUCGACAAACUGAAUGCUAAACUGAAGAUAUACAAGACACAGGUCGAGGAAGCGGAGGAAAUUGCAGCCACGAAUUUGGGCAAGUUCCGCAAGGUACAACAGGAUCUGGAGGACGCUGAGGAGAGAGCCGACGCCGCUGAAGGAACUCUUCAGAAACUUAGAGCCAAGAACCGAAGCUCUGUUUCAAUGGCUCGCAGCUAAAUCAAAAUUUGUACCCGAGUGUCCUGAUGGACCUGUCUUUGCCUUAUAGCUCAGGGUUUCUUGAUACUUAUAUAAAUGCAAUGGCUGAGAAAAUCUGACUCAGUGUGGUUCGAUAACAACUAAAUUGCACAAUUUGAAACCUGUCACAGAUGCAUUACAGGUGCCAUGACUAUAUUCUGCCAUGUACGAAAAGUAUUUCAAAUUCAAUAUUUAUGUAACUUAUUCAUUGUGUGAGAAGGAGGUCUUUGUGGAAUAAAAAUAUG